AUGACGCACAUCGCUGCGGAAGACGAAAGCACCAGCACAAUCCUAGUGCCCGAUGACCCUUGGUACGCAGGCUACUGGCCCACAACGGCCGCGGGCUCCGAUGAGGCCACUGCGAGUGAUGUUACUGCUGGGGACGCUCUCCCAGCUGGCCCCUGGGACGUGUCCCGGGGUGUCGGGCGUGGUGGUGGUGGGGUGUUCCUUGGUGGAGUUGCCAACGUUAUCGCAGUGGGCGUGCUUGAACGCACUAAGAGUGCUUGGGCAAUGGCAUUUGCUGAUCGCGUGAUAGGCUGGCCCCUUAUCGCUCUGCUCCAGCUAACACCACCAGCGUCCACCGAGAAGACCGGCGUCCCCGCUGUCGAAGAUGUCGUCGCCGUCUCCGAGUACGAAGAGCCCACUGACGAGGAGCUCAAGACCCUCCGCCGCAUUCCCGGCUCUAUUCCGACAGUGGCCUACUUCAUCUGUGUCGCCGAGUUCUGCGAGCGCGCCUCGUACCUCGGUGUGUCCGGGCUCAUCUCAAAUUUUGUGAACAGACCGAUGCCUGUUGGCGGAAAUGGAUACGGUGCUCCUGCGCGGGGGACGCAAGAUACUGCUGGUGCGUUGGGUAUGGGCACGGUGAAGGCCAAUGCCGUCAGCCAGUCCUUCAGCAUGUUGGCAUAUCUUCUGCCCAUGUUUUUCGGUUACCUGUCCGAUGCCUUCACUGGCCGCUUCAAGAUGAUCUUGUACGGUGUGGCCGUGUUCGGUGUUGCGCACGUUCUCAUGGUUGGUGCAACUGCGCCAAAAUUGCUCGCGAAUGGCGGUGCCAAGGCCCCAUACUUUCUCUCGCUGUAUAUGCUCUCGGUUGGUGCUUCCAUGUUCAAGCCCAACGUUUCCCCGCUUCUUCUCGACCAGAUGCCCCGCGACAAAGCCAAGAUCAAGGUCCUUGCCAGCGGCGAGCGUGUCAUUGUCGACCCAGAGGCCACAUCGGAGCGCACCAUGCUGUGGUUCUAUCUGCUCAUCAAUAUCGGUGGCUUCAUGCAGACUGCCACCUCCUACGCUGAGAAGUACGUCGGCUGGUGGCUGGCGUUUAUCCUGCCGCUGUUCCUGUACAUUCCUCUGCCUCUUAUGCUGCUCUGGCUCCGCAAGCGCCUCGUCCUCUUCCCUCCCGGAGGCAGUGACCUUCCCAACGUUGUCCGCGUCCUGAAGAUCUGUCUUUCCCGCGGUGGGAUCUUCCGCAUCGGCCGCCACGGGUUCUGGGACGCCGCAAAGCCCUCUGUCAUCGCCGCCAAAGGCCUCAACAUCCCCACCCGCUGGAACGACCAAUUCGUCGAGGAUGUCCGCCGCACAUUCCAGGCAACCGGAAUCUUCUGCUUCUUCCCGAUCCAAUUCAUCAAUGACAACGGCAUUGGCAGCGCCGCAAACUACACCUCCACGAUGCUCAAGACCAACGGUGUGCCCAACGACCUGCUGUCAAACAUGAACCCACUCAGUAUCAUCGUUUUCGCCCCGAUCCUCAACUACGGACUCUACCCUCUUCUGCGCCGCUACAAGAUCAACUACGGACCUGUGGCGCGUAUGGCAACGGGUCUCCUCCUGUCCUCCGUCGCUGGUGUCGGAUAUACCGUGCUCAACAACUACGCCUACAAGCUCGGCCCAUGCGGGAAGUGGGGAUCUUCAGACACCUGCGUCGACGAGAAUGGAAACGCGCUCGUUGCUCCCAUCACCGUCUGGUGGAUCGCCAUCCCCUACGCCAUCGGCGGUAUCUCCGAGCUCUUCAUCAACGUCCCCGCCUACGCCAUCGCCUACUCCCGCGCCCCCAAGAACAUGCGCGGUCUCGUCUCCGCCAUCAACCUGCUCAACACGGCCGUGGCCUACGCGAUCGGCCUCGCCUGUUCCGCCGUGAUCAGGGAUCCAUAUCUUACGUGGGACCUCGGCGGCCCAGCGAUCGUGGGCUUCGUCCUCACGGCGGUCUUUUACUGGAUGUUCCGCCACAUCGACAAGGAGGAGUUCUUCCUUACUGAGAUGGCUGAGAAUGAGGAGAACGGUGCUGCGGAGGUUGUUGGGAACAACGGCAUGAACAAGACGGCGAACCCGGUUGAGAAGAUUGCUGAGAAUGAGGAGUUUGGGAUCUCGUCGAAGCAGUGA